AUGCCGUUUUUUCUGGUUAAUUGCUUUUUAAACGUAGGAUUGAUCCAAGAGGACGAAGUUUAUUGGCCGAACGAGUGUUACGGCUCUGUUUCGCCGAAGACGGUCUGGGGGAAGCUCGUGACAAUUAUCUACGCGCUCGUGGGCAUCCCCCUGAUGCUACUCUACCUGUCGACGACCGGAGAUCUGCUCUCGAGGAAUUUUCGUAGACUGUACGGAAGGGUGUGCGGUACAACGUUGAAACGGCCGCAAUGUUCCUGCACGAAGUCGAUACGCGUCCCCAUAACCUUAUGCCUCUUCAUCAUAGUGGGCUACAUCGGCCUGGGCGCGUUCCUCUUCCACCGCCUCGAAGACUGGAGCAUACUGGAGGGCUCGUACUUCUGCUUCACCUCACUGGGGACCAUAGGAUUUGGUGAUCUGAUGCCGGGCCAAAAUUACGAGGAUGUCUCAUUAUGCGCAUCGUCGGCCUAUAUCUUAGUUGGCAUGGCGCUAGUGGCCAUGUGCUUUAGUUUAGUACAAGACCAAGUGAUUAGCCUAUUUAGAUUAAUUGGAGCGACGUGUGCCAAAAGCGAGGCGGUUAAGGUUCGCGAGGAGGUUCAAAUGGCCGUCGUCGGCUCCUGACAAAGGCCGAAGACGGAGGGCGCGCCGCCGCCUAUUGUUACGCCGCCUACCGUUAAGAAAAUCUUGCCAAUUUUACAACACAAUAGUUUACCGAGGAAGAGUAGCUUUCAAAGGAACACUCCGGGGAGAAGAUCAGUAGGUGCCGAACCUCUCGUAGAGUACUUCGUGCCUCGCAGCAUAAGCGACUUCGAUAUCGCCGGAGCGUCGGGCGACACGCCGAUCUCCGCCGCCACGCUUCUGCCGACCGUCGUCAAAUCGCUCCGCAAGAUACCGCCGAAGACGCGCGAGAAGAUGGUCACGUUCGAGGACGAGAUGGCGAUGCGCAACAAGAAUCCCGACCUGCCCGACGUGUUCAUGUGACCAAUCGCCGGAUAGCAGUCGGACGAGAUUCUCGAGCUGGACGCGUCCGAGACGUUAAAGUCGAUCAAGCGCGAUCUCAAAAAGGGACUGAAGAACUUCAAAAUUUGCGACGAUCUCAAGAAGUGCGAGGACGGGUGCUCGUGCAACAAGAACAAUGAGUGCGACAUCUGCCGGGUGAUCGAUUUCACUAUGAAAAACGAGAAACUCUAGUUUAGGUCUUUGUACAACGCCACAGGUGGCGGUUUGUGUAAAUAAUCACGCUAUGUCUAUGCGACUGGAAACCAGUGGCGUACGUUACCUUUUGUAAAUAACGUUUAAGAGAUUGUAUAUUACCUGUAAGUUUGCCUAAAGUAUACUGUUAUUAAUUAAUGUGAUAGAUUUUGGAUUUGGUUGACUGAAACGGCGGACGGCAGUGUAAAUUUUAAGCCAAUUUUGAAAUACAAUUAGUACUUAAAAAUUCUCUAAAUGUUCUGAUACUUUUCUUUUGUUUAUAAAAGGAUGACUUGUAUUAUUCAUGACAAA